AUGUACAAGCGUCGGGAUUACGUCGAACUCUACGAGAAGGAUCAGGCAAAGUGGGCCUUACUACGAAAUGUCAACACUGUGGUCAAACACACCACUCUGUUGCCGGGCGACUAUGUCUGGCUGGACCUGAAGACGGGUCGGGAAUUCGAGGUCCCGAUCGGAGCCGUGGUGAAGCUCUGCGAUUCUGGUCAGAUCCAAGUCCUGGACGAUGAAGGAAAUGAACACUGGAUCUCUCCCCAAAAUGCCAGCAACAUCAAGCCGAUGCACCCCACCUCCAUCCACGGGGUGGAGGACAUGAUUCGCCUGGGCGACCUGAACGAGGCGGGAAUCCUCCGGAACCUUCUCAUCCGCUACAGAGAACAUCUCAUCUAUACGUACACCGGCUCCAUAUUAGUGGCUGUGAACCCGUACCAGCUGCUGCCCAUCUACACAGCAGACCAGAUCCGCCUCUACACCAACAAGAAGAUCGGAGAAAUGCCUCCACACAUCUUCGCCAUCGCAGACAACUGCUACUUCAACAUGCAGCGCAACAACAAAGACCAGUGCUGCAUCAUCAGCGGUGAGUCUGGAGCAGGAAAAACAGAAAGCACCAAGCUGAUUCUGCAGUUCUUGGCUGCUAUCAGCGGGCAGCACUCCUGGAUCGAGCAGCAGGUGCUGGAGGCCAAUCCCAUCUUAGAAGCCUUCGGGAACGCUAAAACCAUCCGUAACGACAACUCCAGCCGCUUCGGGAAAUACAUCGACAUCCACUUCAACAAGAGAGGAGCCAUCGAGGGAGCCAAGAUCGAGCAGUACCUUCUGGAGAAAUCCAGAGUGUGUCGACAGGCCCGUGAUGAGAGAAACUACCACAUUUUCUACUGUAUGUUGAAGGGAAUGACGCCCGACCAGAAGAAGAAGCUUGGCUUGGGUAAAGCCACAGACUACACCUACCUGUCUAGUGGAAACUGCACGGUUUGUGACGGUCGAGAUGAUCAGAAGGAGUAUUCAAACAUCCGUUCGGCCAUGAAGGUCCUGAUGUUCACAGACAAGGAGAACUGGGAGAUUUCCAAGCUGCUGGCCGCUAUUCUGCACAUGGGCAACUUCAACUAUGAGGCUCGCACUUAUGAUAAUUUGGACGCCUGUGAAGUCGUGAGAUGCUCUAAUCUCACUACAGCUGCUGUUUUAUUAGAGGUGGACUUGAAGGACCUGAUGAACUGCUUGACCAGCCGCACUAUAAUAACCCGCGGAGAGACGGUGUCCACUCCUCUGAGCAUCGAGCAGGCGCUGGACGUCCGAGACGCCUUUGUGAAGGGCAUAUAUGGACGCUUGUUUGUGUGGAUUGUUGAGAAAAUCAAUGCAGCCAUUUAUAAGCCUCCGUCCCUGGAGCUCAAAGCGGUGCGGAGAUCCAUCGGCCUGCUCGACAUAUUCGGCUUUGAGAACUUCACGGUUAACAGCUUUGAGCAGCUGUGCAUUAACUUUGCCAAUGAAAACCUGCAGCAGUUCUUCGUCCGUCAUGUUUUCAAGCUGGAGCAGGAAGAGUAUAACCUGGAGAACAUAAACUGGCAGCACAUCGAGUUCACAGACAACCAGGACGCUUUAGAUAUGAUCGCCAUAAAGCCUAUGAAUAUCAUCUCUCUCAUCGACGAGGAGAGCAAGUUCCCCAAGGGCACAGACACCACGAUGCUGAACAAACUCAACUCUCAACACAAACUCAACACCAACUACAUUCCACCUAAAAACACCUACGAAACACAGUUCGGCAUCCAGCACUUCGCUGGUGUCGUCUAUUAUGAGACCAGAGGUUUUCUGGAGAAGAAUCGAGACACGCUGCACGGUGACAUCAUUCAGCUCGUGCACUCCUCCAAGAACAAGUUCAUUAAGCAGAUCUUUCAGGCCGACGUUGCAAUGGGGGCGGAGACCAGAAAGCGUUCGCCAACCCUGAGCAGUCAGUUCAAGCGCUCUCUGGAGCUGUUGAUGCGAACGCUGAGCGUCUGUCAGCCCUUCUUCGUCCGCUGCAUCAAACCCAAUGAAUACAAGAAACCCAUGCUCUUCGAUUGUGAGCUGUGCGUGCGCCAGCUCCGCUAUUCUGGGAUGAUGGAAACCAUCCGGAUCCGCCGGGCCGGAUACCCCAUCCGCUACACUUUCGUUGAGUUCGUGGACAGAUACCGUGUUUUGAUGCCUGGAGUGAAACCUGCUUACAAACAGGAGGACCUGAGAGGAACCUGUCAGCGUAUCGCUGAAGCUGUUUUGGGCCGUGAUGAUGAUUGGCAGAUGGGAAAGACAAAGAUAUUCCUGAAGGAUCAUCAUGACAUGCUGCUGGAAAUCGAGAGGGACAAGGCCAUAACUGAUAAGGUCAUUCUCAUUCAGAAAGUUGUCCGAGGAUUCAAGGACAGAUCCAACUUCCUGAAGAUGAAGAAAUCAGCAAUGCUGAUCCAGAAAACAUGGAGGGGUUAUCACUGUCGGAAGAACUACGGAGCGAUGCGCGGUGGUUUCUCACGACUGCAGGCCUUGUAUCGCUCUCGCAAACUCUACCAGACGUACCACGUGGCGCGACAGAGAAUCAUCCUUUUCCAGGGCCGCUGCAGAGGAUACCUGGUGCGCCGGGCGUUUAGACACUGUCUCUGGGCCGUCAUCACCAUCCAGGCGUAUACGAGAGGAAUGAUCGCCCGCCGACUCUACAAGAGACUCAAAGGAGAGUACCGGCGGCGUUUGGAGGCAGAGAAGAUGCGAUUGGCUGAGGAGCAGAGGCUCAGGAACCAGAUGAGCGCGAGGAAGGCCAAAGCAGAAGCUGAGAAGAUGCACCAGGAGCGACUGGCACAGCUGGUGCGAGAGGACGCCGAGCGCGAGAAGAAGGAGCGAGAGGAGGCGCGAAGGAAAAAGGAGAUGCUGGAUCAGAUGGAGAAAGCGCGGCACGAGCCGGUCAACGACUCUGAUAUGGUGGACAAGAUGUUCGGCUUCUUGGGAACCACAAACUCCUUCCCUGGGCAGGAGGGGCAAGCGCCGGCUGGGUUUGAGGACCUGGAGCGAACGCACAGGGAGCUCGAGGAGGAAGACCUGGAUGAAGCUCUUCCUCUCCCAGAGGACGAUUUGGAAGAUUUGUCAGAGUAUAAAUUUGCCAAGUUCUCUGCCACGUAUUUCCAGGGCACGACCACACACACUUACGUGCGCCGGCCGCUCAAACAGCCCUUACUGUUUCACGAAGACGAAGGAGAUCAGCUGGCGGCUCUGGCCGUGUGGAUCACGAUUCUCCGCUUCAUGGGUGACCUUCCAGAACCCAAAUACCACACGGCCAUCAGCGACGGCAGCGAGAAGAUCCCCGUCAUGACCAAGAUCUACGAGACGCUCGGCAAGAAGACCUACAAGAGAGAGCUGCAGGCUCUGCAGGGAGAAGGAGAGAACUCUCACACUGAAAGCCACAAGAAGAGCAGCGUGCGUCACAAGCUGGUGUCGCUCACCCUGAAGAAGAAGUCCAAGAUUACAGAGGAGGUGACCAAGCGUCUGAACGAUGGUGAAUACACAGUCCAUGGAAACAGCAUGCUGGAGGACCGACCCACAUCCAACCUGGAGAAGCUGCACUUCAUCAUCGGCAACGGCAUCCUUCGGCCAGGCCUGAGAGAUGAGAUCUACUGUCAGAUCUGUAAGCAGCUGACCCAGAAUCCCUCUAAAAGCAGUCACGCUCGCGGCUGGAUCCUCAUGUCUCUGUGUGUCGGCUGCUUCGCUCCUUCUGAGAAGUAUGUGAAGUACCUGAGGAACUUCAUCAGUGAGGGUCCUCCGGGUUACGCUCCGUACUGCGAGGAGAGACUGAGGAGAACGUUUGUGAACGGAACAAGAACACAACCGCCGUCCUGGCUCGAGCUGCAGGCCACGAAAUCAAAGAAGCCAAUAAUGCUGCCUGUGACGUUUAUGGACGGAACCACGAAAACGCUGUUGACGGACUCAGCGACCACAGCCAUGGAGCUCUGCAGCGCGCUUUCAGACAAGAUCAGCCUUCAGGAUCGAUUCGGCUUCUCCCUGUACAUCGCUCUGUUUGAUAAGGUGUCGUCUCUGGGCAGCGGUAAGGAUCACGUGAUGGACGCCGUGUCUCAGUGCGAGCAGUACGCUAAAGAGCAGGGUGCGCAGGAACGAAACGCCCCCUGGAGGCUGUUCUUCAGGAAGGAGAUCUUCACGCCGUGGCACGACCCGACGGAGGACAGCGUCGCCACCAACCUCAUCUACCAGCAGAUCGUGCGUGGCGUCAAGUUCGGCGAAUACCGCUGCGAUCGGGAGGAGGAUCUGGCAGAGCUGGCGUCGCAGCAGUAUUAUGUGGACUACGGCUCAGAGAUCCUUGUGGAGCGCCUGUUGAGUCUUAUUCCAUCCUACAUCCCCGACAGAGAGAUCAGCUCGGCCAAAACCGUGGAGAGAUGGGCUCAGUUCAUCAUGGCUGCGCAUAAAAAGGGGAUCUACACCCAGAAGAGAGUCGAUCCUCAGAAAGUGAAGGAGGAAGUCGUGGAUUUUGCUCGCUAUAAGUGGCCUUUAUUAUUCUCAAGAUUCUACGAAGCCUUUAAGUUUUCAGGUCCAAGUCUCCCCAAGAAUGAGGUGAUCGUGGCUGUAAACUGGACAGGCGUUUAUUUCGUGGACGAGCAGGAGCAGGUUCUUCUGGAGCUUUCUUUCCCAGAGAUCACUGUGGUGUCCAGCACCAAAGGAGGGAAGCUUCAGGCCCAGAGCUUCACUUUGGCCACCAUCAAAGGAGACGAGUACACGUUUACCUCCAAUAACGCCGAGGACAUACGGGACCUGGUGGUCACCUUCCUGGAGGGGCUCAGGAAGAGAUCCAAGUUUGUUGUGGCCUUACAGGACAAUCCCAGUCCAGCUGGCGAUGAUUCAACGUUCCUGAGCUUCCUGAAAGGCGACCUGAUUGUUCUGGACCAGGACACAGGUGAGCAGGUCAUGACGUCCGGCUGGGCUCACGGGAUCAACGACAGAAGCAAGCAGAGAGGAGAUUUCCCUGCAGACUGCGUCUAUGUGCUGCCCACAGUCGUUAGACCUCCGUCUGACAUCGUGGCUUUGGUUACCAUGACACCAGACCAGCGGCAGGAGUCGAUCCGGAUUUCCCAUGUUCCUGUAAUGGAGACGGAGGAGAGGAUAAAGCCCUACACGCUGGAGGAAUUCUCCUACGACUACUUCAGGCCUCCUCCCAAACACACGCUCAGCAGAGUGAUGAUCAGCAAGAGCCGCGGGAAGGACAAACUGUGGUGCUGCACACGAGAGCCCAUCAAACAAGCCCUGCUGAAGAAGUGUGUGGGUCACGAGGAGCUUUCCCAGGAGGCCUGCAUGGCUUUCAUUGCUAUAAUGAAAUAUAUGGGCGAUUAUCCGUCCAAGCGGACGCGGUCUGUGAACGAGCUCACGGAUCAGAUCUUCGAGGGCGCGCUGAAGGCAGAGUCUCUCAAAGACGAGAUCUACUGCCAGAUCAUCAAACAAAUGACUGAAAACCACGUCAAGUACAGUGAGGAGAAGGGCUGGGAGUUGCUCUGGUUGUGUUCCGGUCUCUUUCCUCCCAGUAAUGUCCUCUUACCGCACGUCCAGAGGUUUCUACAGUCCAAGAAACAUCAUCCGCUGGCUUCUGACUGCAUGCAGAGACUACAGAAAGCUUUACGGAACGGCUCGCGCAAGUAUCCGCCGCACCUUGUGGAGGUGGAGGCUAUUCAGCACAAGACCACGCAGAUCUUUCACAAAGUCUACUUCCCCGACGACACUGAUGAGGCGUUUGAGGUGGAGUCCAGCACGAAGGCCAAAGACUUCUGUCUGAACAUCUCCAGCAGACUUCUGCUCAAAUCACCCGACGGCUUCAGUCUGUUUGUCAAGAUCUCUGAUAAGGUGAUAAGUGUACCUGAGGGUGAUUUCUUCUUUGACUUUGUUCGUCAUCUGACAGACUGGAUCAAGAAAGCGAGACCCGCUAAAGACGGUAUAGUGCCUUCGUUGACCUACCAGGUGUUUUUCAUGAAGAAGUUGUGGACGAUCACGGUUCCAGGCAAAGACUCCUUCGCAGACUCCAUCUUCCAUUAUUAUCAGGAACUUCCCAAGUAUCUGCGUGGAUAUCACAAAUGCUCCAGAGAAGAGGUUUUCCAGCUCGGCGCUCUGAUCUACCGAGUCAAAUUCGAGGAUGACAAAUCGCACUUUCCCAGCAUUCCCAAGAUACUGAAGGAGCUGAUUCCCCAGGAUCUGAUUCGCCAGCUCUCGCCCGACGACUGGAAGAGGUCGAUUGUGGCGUACUUCAACAGGCAUGCUGGGAAAUCAAGAGAAGAAGCCAAGCUGAUGUUUCUGAAGGUCAUUUUCAAAUGGCCCACGUUUGGUUCGGCCUUCUUUGAAGUGAAGCAAACCACUGAGCCGCACUUCCCUGAGAUCCUGCUGAUAGCCAUCAAUAAAUAUGGAGUCAGUCUGAUCGACCCCAAGAAUAAGGAUAUUUUAACCACAUAUCCCUUCACCAAGAUUUCCAACUGGAGCAGCGGGAACACGUACUUCCACAUCACUAUCGGAAACCUGGUUCAGGGCAGCAAACUUCUGUGUGAGACGUCACUGGGCUACAAAAUGGAUGACCUGUUGACGUCCUACAUCAGCCAGAUGCUGACCACCAUGAGCAAGCAGCGGCAUUCACGCGGCCAGAGCAAGUGAACGUUUGAUUGGCGCGAGGCGGCGGAGCUGGUGCGUCUGCUGCGGCCGAUUGGUCGGCCGUGCAGCUGGGGGCGGGCCUUCGCGUCCCAGCUGUGGCGAAUGAGCCGCACCCCCUCGGCCAGCUCCCAGGGCUCCGAGUAUCCCGAUGAAGACUCUUCAUCCGCCUCCAGUGAGGAUGACUACCUCUGAGCAAAGCUCCUGCUUUUGGGAAAUGACGCCUGAUUUAUGUCUUUUGCUGGAUGAUUGGCUCUAUGUAUUAUAUGUGAGCCUGGAGCACAAAAGCAGUCAUAAGCAGCACAGGUAUAUUUGUAGCAAUAGCCAACAAUACAUUGUAUUGGUCAAAAUUAUGCAUUUUACUUCUAUGCCAAAAAUCAUUAGGAUAUUAAGUAAAGAUCAUGUUCCAUUUCUUACCGUAAAUAUAUCAAAACUUAAUUUUUGAUUAGUAAUAUGCAUUGCUAAGAACUUCAUUUGGACAACUUUAAAGGUGAUUUUCUCAAUAUUUUGAUUUUGUUGCACCCUCAGAUUCCAGAUUUUCAAAUAGUUGUAUUUCAGCCAAAUAUUGUCCGAUCCUAACAAACCAUACAUCAAUGGAAAGAUUACUUAUUUAGAUGAUGUAUUAAUCUCAAUUUUAAAAAACUGACCCUUAUGAUUGGUUUUGUGCUCCAGGGUCACAUAUUACUAAGUUUUGUGAGUCGAAUAUGAACUGGAAUGGCUUUGCUACAGUACAUGAAUCCUGAAGCAGUGUGCUGUAUUCCUCACAGUGUUUGGAUUAUUUAUGUGGUAAACAUUCAGAAAAAUAUUUGCAUGAGUUUCUGAAGCCAUUUGAAUGCGUAUUUUUAAAGGCUGCAAAAAAGAACUUUUAUAAUCGUUCAAAUGUUAGUGUUCUGUUUUGAGAAUUCUGUGAUUUUAAAUUUAUUUGAUUCUGUUUUUAAAAUGUUACACCUUAACAACAUGCCUUAAUUUUUUUUUUUUUUUAAUGUGCAUUUUAAAGGAACAGUUCAUCCAAAAUGAAAAUGUGAAAAUCUGAAAAUGUGCUCGCCCUCAGGACAUCCAAGAUGUGGAUGAGUUUGUUUCUUCAUCAGGUUUGAAGAAAUGUAGCAUCACUUGCUCGGCAAGGGAUCCUCUGCAGUGAAUGGGUGCCGUCAGAAUGAGCUGAUAAAAACACCACUAUAAUCUAUAAAAUUUCAUUUUUGGGUGAACUAGUUCUUUAAAAAGUGUUACAUGAGCAACAUUCAUCUGUUAAUCUGCCACUAUAACCUCAUUUCCAUGAGCGAUGAGUCUCGAGUCAUAAUAUAAAUACAGCUGAUUAUGGAGUGCAUUUUGGGAACGAAAAGAGAAAAAUACAUGGCCUUAUUAAAAAGAAAAAAAAAGAGGAACCACAGAAGCCUAUCGAUAACAUGUUCAGGUCAUAUUUCACCCUAAAGAAAAAUUAUUUUUGCAUAGAGGAAAAUGAAACCUUGUUUUUAUGAAGCCUGAUUUAGAGGUCUAAUUUUUGUUGUGUUCAUGCAACAAGGUAGUAUUUGUUGCACUGCCUUUAAUGUAUGACUUAAAAACACCGAAGUAAUAAAACACAGAGCUGAGGAUUUAAAGAAAACCAACAUCUGAGGAUUGCAAAAAUAAAAUGUCCAAAUGCAUUCGGCUAAAUUGAGAUAUAAUGUACAGUGUUUACGUAAUGAACAGGAUUCACAUUCCUAAUGUAAAAUGUAAACGUUUUGGUUUUUGAAUCGAUUUUAGGGUCAAAUGUGACUUGCAUGUUUCCAUGAGAUCCAUAGAUUAAUAUGCUAGAAUGAAACUGCUGAAGUCCUUGAAGUUAUCAAUUUUUGAGCGACUCUUGAUGCUUGUGUAUAUUGCAGCAGUAGGUUUGAUCUGUUUGUGUCUUUUUAUUCAUUCAGUUUAUGGCCUUUAUUUGCACCAAAUGUCCUUCAACACAAAUAUUUGUCUGACUUACUGUAACAUCAGAAACUAAUCUGAAUGCAUCGGUCUCUUGUGUUUUGUGUGCCGAUUCAUUUAUGAGCAGAGAAACUUCUGACUACUCUGUAAAGGCACCAUAUUAGUUUUAUAUUAAAUGUUCCUGUAAAAAGUGCAGCGUUUAUUACAUGAAUGAAAAUUAAACACGAACAACACUAA